UUUAUCUGGCUGGAGGCAGCAGGGAAUAGGUGGGAUAAAAACUGGGUGACAGGUUGUGACCCAUCAUGAUUUGACCAGAUUUCAGAAGGGUCAGCGAGGGUCAGGGAUGGCAGUGUGUGCUCUGACUGUGUUGGAUGGAGUGAGCGAGGAGGCCACAGCUUUGGGUGGAGCCCUCAUUCUGGUCCUCGCUUUGGUUCUGGCCUGGCUCUCCACCCAUGUAGCCGAGCGCGGAGACCACAUUCUGGGAACCAUCCUCACCGUGGGCGCCCAUGCCUCUCUCAUCGGGCUUGGGGCCCACGACAGCUACGUGGGACCUCCGUCUGGUUCCGACCCGAUGGAGCAGCAGGGUGAGGCUCCUCCAGAGGAGGAGAAACCGGAAGAAGGGGAGCAGGGCUUAGAAGAUGGGGGAGAAGAGGAUGGAGGAGUAGGAGCAGAGCUGCUGGAUAUUCAGGGACUGAGGAAAAAAGUGCACAGGGUACGGUUUGAGGAGGAGGAGGAAGAGGAAGAGAAAGAGGACAGGUUGGAGGAAGAGGAGGACGAAGCGUCCUGUAUCACGGUGCGACUCAAAUUUCUCAACGACACCGAGGAGCUGGUUAUACUGAGGCCAUGUGACACAGUCGGGGUGCUGAAGAGUAAGUAUUUCUCCGGCCGUGAGCGUCAGAUUAAGCUCAUUUACCAAGGCCAGCUUCUCCAGGACCCCCGUCGUACCCUCCUGUCCCUCAACAUCACCCACAACAGCGUUCUCCACUGCCACGUCUCCCAGACCCAGCCCCAGCCCCAGGCCCAGCCCCAGGCGCCGGCCGAGAGCAACCCAGAGGAGGCCGCCCCUGCCGGGCCGCCCUCGGCCCUCGGCGGUGGUCUCCGUUCGGCCGGCCUGACUCUCAGCACGGGCAGCCUGGUGGUCCCCGUGUUCGUCGUCUUGCUGGCGGUGGUCUGGUAUUUCCGGAUCAAUUACCGCCAGCUCUUCACUGCCCCCGCCACCGUAUCAUUGGUCGGCGUGACCGUCUUCUUCAGCUUCCUCAUCUUCGGCAUGCACACCCGGUGAGGCGGACGAAGAGACGAAAGGUUCGACAGACAGAUGAACGAAAGCAACGGGGGCGGACAAAGAGUGUCUGAAGUGAGAGUGAUAGAGUGAACCUUGAACGGUGGGGGUUUUUUUUACGCGGGCUUCCGUAAAGUUCCAACAUUCGUAAGAUGCCACGAAAGCUGAAAUUAACAGCAGUUCCUGGAAUGAACUAAUAUGUUAACUUUAGGGCUUUGCUAGAGAGUGCAGUCUAAAAGAGAUAGAAAAAAAAAAAACAACAGAUG